AUGCAGGAAAGCCUAGGGCAAGAUGUAACAGCGCAACUGAAACAAUUUGUGGAACAUAUGGAACAUGACGACAUAGACAGCUAUGCAGCUAAUUGUAAAAACACGGGUUAUACGCGUGAGGGUGGGGGAAAAGACUUCUUCAAACAUAACGAGGGAGACGAACUUAUGUGCAAACUCAUGACAGGAGCAUUAUUUUUCAUGAAUGCGAACAGUUGGACUAAGCGGCGUGGGCAUAUGGUGGUUAGUAAUGAUGAUGAACUGAAGGAAUAUGUGCGGUGUGCCAUAGUAAAUAUAUUUAUGUACAUAUUGCUGGAAUCUCCAUGCAGAAGUCAAAUGGGUGUAUAUUAUGCAUGGGAAACUGUGACCAAGAUGGAGGCGGAUAUGCCUGGAUUAAUUACAAAGGGCACGUGCCAGAGGGGAGUGUUUACAGACAUACAAACCAAGGAAUUCGACAUGGAGCAAAUGAUUAAGAACUGGUUACAGAACAACGCAACAGUAAAAGGCAAAAUUGAAGCGCCCGCAAUAAAAAGCAAAUGCACGCAAAGAUUACAGGACCUCGUAAGCGGAACAAAGGGUACAAAUACCAUGGAUGAACAAAUAGAACUGAAGACAACGGAGAAGCACGUUAUAGAGGACUUACGGCCAGAGACCACGCAUCGAACGCACCUGCAACAACAGAGGCUGCAGCAUCACCGGCACCGGCAGGUAAGGACCAAUGGGAGAAAGCACUAA